UUUCUUUUUUUUUUUUUUAUUCAACAACAGUAUUGCACACGCUGUUAACAAUUACUCCACUGACACAGCUAUCUCAGUGAAGGUCCCUGUUUCAUUAGUACCAGAAGUUCAGGGAUUCUUCAGGUAGAUAAACUGCAUAUUGUUAGUCGUUUACAAAAUAUUAAUAUAACAUCAAUAGAUAAAUAAUGUUAUUGAUAUUAUAAUAAAGUAUUUAUAUUAUCUGGCGUUUUUUUUUCGGAAUUUCAUAGUUCAUCCGAGUUUGGGAUGAUUUAUAACCUAUUACCAGUUUCCAUGGGUUUCCGGAUAACUGUUUAUUUUAAUCAAUAUCGAAAAAGAUUGUAAUUAGCUUUUUCUACAUCAUUAUUCAGAAUGCUAUAGUAUAGUCUCGCACCUCUGUUUUAAAAAGAUCCCAUUGAAGCCCAAUAUCAUUGAACAAGUCACGGGUAUGUCAAUCAACAUAUUCCUAAAAACUACAGAUACAUACAAAAAGUUGUAAAAAGACUACACUAAAAUGAGUAGAUUGUCAACUUCUAAAGUACUGUUUUCCUUACCCAAUGAAAAUGCGGAUGAGGGUGCAAAAGGGAUUUCUGAUUUUGACAAUGACCAAUCAAGAGAAAGCAACGACCGCAACAAUGGCAGCAAAAGUGACGAUAUUGAUGUUGAAAAAGGAACCAAUAUAAAUACUAGCGUUGGGCAAGUAAUUGAAAAAAUGGAACAGACGUUUAACCUGCCUUCAGAGUUAAUGCAAAGAGCUCCAUCAGCUAUUACGAUUCGGAACAUGACUACGCCUAAAAGAUAUAAUACCUAUCCUAAUUUGAAAAAAGACUUUGAGGAAGAAAAGCGUAGGAGGGAAUACAAAAUACAAGCUAGUGCUCCCGUUAGAGCAGACACUGAUUUAAUCAAGGGUGCUGACAUCAACAUUUUGGAAAAGGAGGGUUUAUCAUUACCAUUUUCUGAAAACAAUGACGAAACAGAUGCUUACAUGCAGCCGGUGUCUAUAAAACAGCAUAUUGUAGAUGUCUACGAGGAAGAAUUUUUCGAUGCUGUUGAUUCGUUUGAUAGUUUUCGUCAUGAUGAGGAAAUAGAUGACAACAAAUCAAUUUCAGAAGCUCUUGUCGUAAAUGAAAGUCUUUGUAUGGAAUGUGUAAAGCCAUUACAAGUUAAUUCAAAGGAAGAUGUACAAGCAGGUGAUCACAUUGCCUUUCCGGGAAGGAUAUAUGACCACCAUGCAGUUGUUGUGGCCGUGGAAACUAAUACACGGACAGACAAUGAAAUUGAUAUUGAAAUUGUACAUGCUACAAAUACUUCCGCUAAAGCGACAUUCGCCAGUUUGCACCCUUUCGGUAACAAAGCGAGACUAAAAAAAGUCAAAGAAAGGGUGAAUUUUAAAGACAGGAAAAUGGUAGUUUACAAAUAUAGCCGCAAGAUUAAACUAUUUCCUCCUCACGAAAUUGCUGAAAGAGCCAAAUCAGAAGCAAAUGCAGAUUUAGAGGGCGGACAAGGACAAUUUAAAUAUAACUUAUUUAAAAAUAAUUGCGAGCACUUUGCAACAUGGUGUGUUACAGGUAGAAAACGAAGCCUCCAGGAACGUAAAUUUACUAUGGUAUUCUGGAUGUUCCUUCGUUCUGGAUUUCAUGGAAUAAGUGACGAAAAUGAAAGGAACGAAAAAGAAUAUGAACAUGGCAUGCUUUGUUCCUCUUGCUAUGAAAGAAACAAGUCAGUGUUAGGCGUUGAAAAAAGACAAAUUCUUCAAAAGACUGAUGUCAAUAUUGGCGAUAUCAUUACGUACAGCUAUUAUAAUUUAUGGCAUAACGCUGUAAUUCUUGAUGUAAAUGGAAAGGAAGAUAAUUACACAACAUGUAAUAUAGCACAUUAUGCUUAUUGUGGUCCUUUCAAGCAUCAUACAAUCGUAAAAGAAAAACUACUAAUUCCUUUUGAUGGAUCAGUCAAAGUUAUUAUUUAUCCAGCAACUAACUUUAAUACGUAUACCCCACAGGAGGUAGUGAAAAGAGCUGAAGAAAGACUUAAUGAACAAGAAUUUGCUUACUUUUCGAAUGACUCAAGCCAGUUUGCUCGCUGGUGUAAAUUAAAGCUUUAUAAGUGAUAUUCAUUUUUCACGAUUUACUAAUAAUUUAGUUUUUUGUCUGAGAUACAAUUGUGCAAUUACAACGGUGGUUAUGUCGGGAGCUUCAUAUUUCAGAAGACAGAUGAGACGGAAAACCCUCGUAGAUUCUUUAUAGUUGUGUUUUUGACGUACAAAUGUCAAUUGCGUUUGUUUUCAUUUUCAGUGACUACAUUUAAUAAAAGAUAUGUUUUCAUAA